AUGGCUACCAAUAUCGUAUUCAAGGAAUACUCAUUAGUUGAAGAGGCCCAUCGGAUCUUUUCACUCCUCUGUGAUCACUCCGUGGAAUUGAAUAUACCUGCGGCAGCAGGAAAACACAAAGAGACGGUUUGCUUUGAUUUGACCCAUAAUCAAAUCUACUACCCAAUUCCGCUAAAAGUCACGGAAACCCUGGCUGCCCUUAAAGGCGUGGAAGGUGUCGUCGCAGCCGCAUUAGCAGAUAUUCGGUUUGGGCCGUCUCAGGAGCGCAAGGUCAGGGUGAAUUUAGAAAGGGCAACCGUUUUCGGUUUCCAGGCACUGAUUGCAAAAAUGGACAAUAUGUCAAAGGCAUGUCCAGAGGUGAAAGCCAAGUUGAAAAAUACCGACAUCCACGCCGCCCAGUCCAGUCUCUAUCGUCGAUUAGCAGCAAACCUAUAUCGGACAAAAGUCAAAGAGGAAUUCUUCCAUCUUCAUGGCUCUCUUAACCCUACCUCAACUCUGAACAUGAUCGGCCUAGAUGGUCACCGCAGCGAUGUUCAAGAUUACGAAGAAAUAAUUGAACUUAUUGAGCGUCACGUUCAGCAAUAUACAGCUCAAGAGCUGGAAGAAAUGAACCGCGAUCGAGGGCAAGCAGGCGUAACCGCAUACCGAUAUGAAGACUUUAUCCAAUCUCCACAUGGAAUUGAAAUAAGUCAACAACCGUGUUGGACAGUCUCACCCUUUGGUACAGAUCUGCCUCCUACGCCAUUUCCAACAAAUCGCAGUUUGAAAGUGUUAGAAGGGAUUAAGGUCCUCGAAUUGACUUGCGUGAUUGCUGGCCCAAGUAUUGGACGUAUACUAGCCGAAUAUGGGGCAGAGGUUCUUAGAAUCACUGGCCCAAAGACGCCAGAUGUGCCAUUUUUCCAGAUCGAUGGUAACAUGGGCAAGCAUGUUGCUGAUCUUGACCUGAAAACAGAAAAAGGACGGGCGCAUUUCACAGCUCUUUUAGCAGACGCCGACGUUUUCAUAGAUGGAUAUAGGAAAGGGGUCAUAGAGAGACUGGGCUACGGGGCGAGCUUGCUGGCAUCAAUUGCUGAAACACGAGGCAAAGGUAUUAUCUACGUCGACGAAACCUGUUUUGGUCAUGUCGGGGAUUGGGCCGGACGACCUGGGUGGCAGCAAAUUGCAGACUGUGUGACUGGGCUAGCAUGGAUACAGGGUGAUUUUAUGGCUCGAGAUACACCCAUUGUAUCUCCUCUUCCGAUAGCUGAUCACGGUGCCGGCUGUAUGGGAGCCAUCACCGCUUUGAUUGGCUUAUACCAUCGAGCUCAGAGUGGGGGAUCUUACCACGGAAAGGUUUCCUUGGUACAGUUCAAUCUCUUACUCCUUGGACUCGGUCAAUACCCAGAUCACAUCCAAGCCGCCAUGCGAGAUUCUCUACCACCUCAAUUUUUCGAUUUGCGUUAUUGCGAUAAUGUUGAAAAAAGCUCAUCAAUAGCUUUAUCUAUUAUACAGAGCAAAUUCCAGGAGGGUUCGGCUUUAAUGGGAAAGGUUCCGGGGCCUGCGGUCCUGACUGAGAAGUGGUAUUCCCAUAGUUAUAAGGCAGAGAUAGAGGUUGCUAGACCUGUGGUCGAUAUUGAGGACGUAGAAAGCGGUUUUGUAAGGGCUAGCCGACCCAAUGGAACAGACAAGCCAUGCUGGGCGGGUAAUGGCAUGCUAAAUCUUGAUUACAAAAUUGAGUGA